CUUUUUUGACUUUUGAUAGAAUUUCAAUGAACAUUUCACAACACCAAAAUAUAAAAUGAAGUUGUUCUUCUCGAUUCUAUUACUUUCUCAAUUGACAUUCUGCUCUAAACUCAGAAAACUUAAUAACCAUACCCCUCUUCUGAUAAAAAGGUAUGACUUGGCUGAUAUCCUUCUAGAAGAAGAAGACAAGAGAGAAAUAUUGAGAGAUAUCAAAACCAUAUACGCACCUGAAGGAAGAACUUACAUGAAUGGAUCUAUCUGCAGCAAGAAAAAAAGAGAUCUCAACCAUGAUCGCCAAUAUGAUGAAGAUCUAUCAUGUCCUAACAUGAAGAGAAUUGAACAUGAUGAAAUGUUUCCUGGAAAACGGACGAUACAUAAGGUGAUGGAUGAUGAAAACGAUAUAUUUAGCGAACACAUUUUGAGGAAGUUUAUGGAGGGAAGGGUUUUAGAUGAACUAAAUAUUAGCUCCAAGUUAUUGGAUUUCACCAGGAACAGAUCACCAAAUAAUUCUACUAGUAUGUUUAGUACUACUAUAUCACAAACCACUCUUACUAGUACACAAGCUUCCACCGAGAAUGAUAUUGUACAAUCCACAACUCCUACUACCAUACACAACAUUGCUUCUUUUUGGAAAUCGAAGCUUAGCACAAAAGAAAUAAGGACCAUUCAAAGUGGAAUAAUGCAAAAAUAUAUGAACCCAAGUAUAGAUCCUUGCACCGAUUUCUACGAAUUUGCGUGUGGUAAUUGGAAAAGUUAUUUCACGAUUCCUCCAGACAGAGCCACUUACGAUACCUUCGAAAUGGUGCGAGAAAGCCUAGACUUGUCUUUGAAGUAUCUCCUCGAAGAAAUUCCACCAACUCGAUCAAAAGAAGACAUCUAUUUCCUGAACACAAGCUUCAUAAGUGAAUAUUUCUUGCCAAAUGACAAAACAGAUGCUGUCACGAAAGCUAGAUGGUUUUACAUAUCUUGCAUGAAUGAGGAAAUCAUCUCAAGACGAGGAGAUGCGCCCCUUAGGAAAAUUUUAAGGGAACUAGGGAAUUGGCCAAUCAUAACACCCAACUGGAAUGACUCAAAAUUCGAUCUGAUUUGGCUACUAGCAAGACUGAGACUCCUCAACAACGAUGUACUGAUUGCUCAGUGGGUAGGCCCUGAUAUGAAGAACUCUAAUGAACAUAUCGUUCAUAUCGAUCAAACCACAUUAGGGCUACCUUCCAGGGAAUACUAUUUAGAGGAUUCUAACCCUAAAUAUAUAAUGGCGUACAGAGUAUUCAUAUUAACUGUGGUCAACCUCAUGGGUGAUGUACCGGAAAAUGCGGAAAUUGAAACUGAAAAAAUAAUACAGUUUGAAAUGCAGCUAGCUCAGAUCAUGGCGUCACCUGAAGAAAGAAGAAACAUUUCUGACAUCUACUUGAGGACUGAUAUCGCUUCGCUGACAUUAUAUUUCCCCCAGUUCGAUUGGAAAUCAUACUUUGACAUAGUUCUGGGCAAGCAUAUUGACUUGAGAACGCCUGUAGCUUGCUACUGUGCCAGGUAUCUACACGAACUGUUAUAUCUCCUCAGUAACACUAAUCCAAGAACAUUGCAGAACUAUCUCAUUUGGAGGUUCGUCCGGCACAGAACCAAUAACUUGGAUCAAAGGUUUCUAGAUGCCAAACAGAGGUUUUACUAUAUACUCUUUGGGCGUGAGAAGAAUCCACCGAGAUGGCAAUUUUGUGUCUCGCAGGUGAACUCAAAUAUGGGAAUGGCGAUAGGUUCAUUAUUUGUUAGGAAAUAUUUCGAUCAGCAGAGUAAAACAGAUACCAUAGAGAUGACGAAACAACUUCAGGAUGCUUUCAAGCAAACUCUUCUGGAGAACACUUGGUUAGAUAACAGUACGAAGGAGUAUGCUCAAAUGAAAUUGGACUACAUGGACUUGAAAAUUGGGUUUCCUGAUUUCAUAUUGAACGAUACGGAAUUGGGAUCGAGAUAUUAUGAUGUGGAGGUCCAUCAAGAUUAUUUUUUCGAGAAUAUUCUAGUAGUUCUGAGACAUUUGACGAGAGUUGAGCAAAGAAGACUUGGUUCAUCGGUAAAUCGUACUUUGUGGAGUACACCACCAGCUGUAGUUAAUGCUUAUUAUAGCAGGAAUAAGAACCAAAUAAUGUUUCCAGCUGGAAUGCUCCAACCUCCAUUCUACAACAGACACUUUCCCAAGGCCCUCAACUUCGGUGGCAUCGGAGUGGUGAUAGGGCACGAAAUCACCCACGGCUUCGACGACAAGGGCAGGCUCUUCGACCACGAAGGAAACCUCCAUAUGUGGUGGAGGGAGUCCUCUAUCGAACGGUUCUACGAAAAGUCACAGUGCAUGAUCGACCAGUAUGGGCAGUAUGUCCUGCCCGAGAUACGCGUGUCUCUGGAUGGAUAUCUGACGCAAGGAGAAAACAUCGCCGAUAAUGGAGGAUUGAAGCAAGCCUACAGGGCCUACGAAACCUGGCUGGUGAAAAACCCGAACGCCGAAGAAUAUCUACCAGGCUUGAACCUCACCAACAGGCAGCUCUUCUUCCUCAACUUCGCUCAAGUCUGGUGCGGCCAGCAGAGGAUAGAGGCAGCCAAAAGCAGGAUGAAGACUUCGGUGCAUUCUCCUGGCAUAUUCAGAGUUAUCGGAGUGUUGAGUAACUCGGAGGAUUUCUCUAAAGCGUUCAACUGCCCCAAGAACAGUCCCAUGAACCCAGAAUAUAAAUGUGUUAUUUGGUGAAAUGUGAUAUUGCUCUUUUUGUCACGCCCUAGCUUCUGCUGCAUGACCUUCUUGACUUUUCAAAUUUGAACUGAUGGUUGUAAUUCGAUGAAUCACUGUUUUCUACAAAUACUAUUAAAUGAUUAGCUUGUUGUAACAC